AUGGCGGCGGAGAGGGUGAGGACGCUGGCGUCGCAGCGGGCGGUGGUGAUCUUCGGGGCGAGCAACUGCUGCAUGUGCCACGCCGUGCAGACGCUCUUCACGGAGAUGGGUGUCAGCUGGGCGGUGCACGAGCUGGACAAGGACCCCCGCGGCAAGGACGUCGAGAGAGCGCUCGCCGGCAUGGUCGGCCGGAGCCCGCCCGUGCCGACGGUCUUCAUCGGCGGCGCGCUCGUCGGCCCGACCGACCGUGUCAUGUCGCUUCACCUCGGCGGCCAGCUCGUGCCGCUCCUCCGCCAGGCCGGCGCACUCUGGCUCUGA